AUGGAGAAAGAAACCGUGUUGUUGGCAGGUUCACAAGAUUAUGGCCUAGCCUUAGCAUCAUCAGCUGUGAAUGCUCGUAAAGUGCCUGUUAUUGGUGCACAGGGGGAUUCACUGCCAGAUUCCAUUGGUGGUAGCGGUCUGGAGUUUCUCGCCACCACAGACAGAAGCCAGGAAAUCACCCGUCACAGGACGGAAGUGUCUGAGGAGGUGAAAGGUGUAUCAGAAUCACUAUUACAGGAAGAUGGAAUUAUCAGUUCAACACCCAAAGCACUCAUCUGGUCGUGGAACCCCUUGAAGGCGAGUGAUCGCACGGAGGCUGAAGACCUUGAGCAUAGGGGGGUGCCUAGCGACUAUACAGAGAUUCCAAUUUUAGACAAAGCUGCAGAGCGGCAGUCCAAUCCUUCGGCGACUACUCAGGGCCGCGUAGAAAUGAGCAGUGAGACAUCACAAGCUCCACAGGCGGACGAAAAUCGGGGUAGUAAGGAUGCAGAAAGCAGUCACCUGACCACCCAAGUUCCCCUUUUAGCAGAUGACACCAGUACCAAGUCUGAAGGCGCCGGAGGCUAUUCGCUCAAGUUUCAGCAGAUCGUCAGAGAAGGCAGGAGGAAGCCGAGGUCACCGGCUGUUUUACGCAGUGACGGAGAGGAGGGCGAGGUUCAAUCGCCAUCGAGCGAGGGUGAGGACCGCAAUGAUGCCCACACCAGAACACCCCACUCACUUGUUUCAGACGAUAGUGGCCACGACGUUGGGACUAAGGGGGAGGCUGAUGAUAUUGCGCUAGCUGAAGAAAGGCUUGACAUUGACAGUGGUGAUGGCAUCGAGAGCACAACCCCAGAGUCACCUGCCACAGGGAAUGACAAUGAAGCAUCAGGAGGAGGCUCGGCACAGCCUGAACCUUCCAGCUCUCGGAAGGUUGGCCAGAAGUCGAAGGCCACCAGCGACUUUUCAGAGGAGCCGCAAGAAAGUUACCAGGGAAAAGAAUGGCACCGGUCGUUACCCGUUGUUGAUUCUGGGGAGAGUUCUGGGAACUCACAGUCUUAUUCUGAGCAGUCAAGCGGAGCAGCUCCAACGAAAACAAGUUGCAGAGUCGAGGUGGGAGGGGUCAUCGUUGAUGCGUCCUACGUGGAUUCCGCGUGCACGGGGCAAAUAAAUUUGGCGUACAAAACGAAAAUGAGCAAGUUCUUGGAGCGGCGGAUGCUGCUGACUAACACAACUGGGAAGCGAUUGACUGUGGUGAUGAAAACUGUCAAUGCACGACUCACUUCCCCGGCCUCACAAGCUUGGGCCUACUCUCAUCUGCAGAUGGGGCCGGCUUCGUUUCUCCAGGGGGUAUCAGAGGGGGAGACGAGCGAAACAGCAAAAGAAUACGUCUACCAGAUACUCAAGCAGAUGCGUAGACAACGUCGAAAGCGGCCGGACGACCCGCUUGACUUGGUAGUUAGCUUCGCCAGUCCGUUUGACAAUCCAGGAGCAGCUGCUGGAGCGGUGAGCUUCAUGCAGACAGAAGCGGGCGCUGCACGUAUCACGCAGACAUGCCAAGAGCUUUUGUCCGUGGUGGAGGACUCUCAGAGCUACAGCUGCGAAAUUCUCGAUGCUGUGGACAUGGUCAUCCUGCAGUUCCCACCAAACGCAGAUAUUUCUGCUGAUGGAGGGGUGUACAAGCUGCUGUCGAAGCUGUUGGUACUUGAGGGCAAGAGCAUUCUUUUUUGGGAGCUUUCCAAGCCUACUUCGCUGCAAAUGGUACCCGUUAAUGAGGCCCUUCCUGAACCUCUGCCACAGCUUUUCGAGAAGCCUGCUUUCGUUCAGGCCAGAGCAGAGCUAAAGGAACGGUGUUCAGCAAAGGCGACUGCACAGACGCACCUCCUGAGUGAUGAUUCGCCGGUUUCUUCGAGGAUUCCGACCGACCCUGACUUGGAGAAGCGCCUUUGGGGCAUGUACGCUGCAAGGUGCGUACACGCAUGGAUGCACGGAGAAAAGGGCCACAAAGAUGUAGUGGUGGCAGUUGUUGACUCUGGAGUUGCGAAGCAUUACGACAUUGAUUCCAAUGUGUGGAAAAAUCUAGAGGAAUCUGCUGAUGGCAAAGAUGACGACGGCAAUGGAUUAGUUGACGAUAUUGAGGGGUGGAACUUCGCCGAAAACACCAACGUUAUUGCUGACCUGAAUGGCCAUGGCACACACGUCGCAGGCACCAUUGGAGGGGUCGCAAAUGGAAGGGACGUGGUGGGCUGUGCUCCGCUGGUGUCAUUGAUGAAGGUUCAGCAGUUCGGGGCAAGUGGAAGGGGGUCAGUCAGUGAUGCUGUGAGAGGAAUGGCUUAUGCAAUGCUGAAGGGCGUGCACGUGAUCAAUAACAGUUGGGGUUCCACAGAAUCCACAUAUUCUCUUCAGCUGGUUAUCGAACGUUCCCGUCACAUGCGGGAGGGGCUGGGGAUACUUAUAGUGAACGCCGCGGGAAACAGCAGCACGAAUAAUGACAUAGAACCUUUCUAUCCAGCCGCUUAUGAUUAUCAGAACACGAUCUCAGUAGGCGCGUAUGAUGCUGAUGGACAGCUCGCGUCCUUCAGUAAUUACGGGGAGGCAUCUGUGUCGUUGCUGGCUCCGGGGGAUAGGAUCUACUCGACUUACCUUGACAACGGCUUCACGUUUCUUUCAGGGACGUCCAUGGCAACGCCUCAUGUUUCAGGUAUUGCAGCAUUGGUUUUCGGGGUCUUUAUGAAGGCGAAUUCGGAAGUUACUGCAGCUGAAGUGAAAGAUAUCAUUCAUGCCACACUGCUGGACCUACCAGCGGCAAAGGGAGUCACGCAAUGGGGGGGAGCACCCGACGCGAUGUCUGCAGUUCUGAUGGCGCGCAUGGGAGGCAUGUGGUUCCAGAUGAAAUGCACGGACAUGAUUGUCGAUCUUCAGCCAGAGGAAGUCUAUGCAUCCACAAUAUACAUCCGCGGUUACGCAGAGGGCACUUACACGGCGGAGAUCCAAGUAGAAGUCUACGACGAAGAGGCCAACAUGUUGGGAUCAGCACAGAUUCCAGUCCGUCUAAACAGCAGUAGCAACCCAGCGACAAAUUCGCCGUCCGAUGAAACUGCAGCAUCUGCAUUCAGCAGUCACGUUAGUGAAAAGGAUCAGGGAACCCCUCUAUGUGAUGUACAAAUGAAGUACACGGGCACUCUGGAAGGUGGCGACGACUGGUCUAAUGGGGAAAUAGCAGCCCUUACGCUCGGUUGCUUGGCGAUUGUCGGUGGAGCAGCUUGCAUCAUCUUUUACUUUCGCUACAACACUAAGCAGCCCGGUGAGAGACCCAGCAGGCCGAAAGCAGGUGACAGGAAGGAAUUUGGAGAGCCUGACGCAAUGACUGCCUUACUACAAGACGACUGA